AUUAUCAACCUUCCUCAAAAUGGUUCAACUCACAACCGUCUUCUCCCUCUUCCUUGCCGCAUCCGGCCUCGUCUCUGCACUCCCAAGCCCAGCAACUGAGACCAAAGGCACUCUUGCCGGUCCAUCAGAUGACACCGCUCACGGAAUCUACAUCGUUGAUCUCGCAGACGAUGGCUCCACAACCUGGACUUUCGUUGCACCUAUCAACGAGACGCUGAAAGCGAACCCUCUUACUACCCGUGAUGUCGAUAGCCUCGACAAGCGCGACAGCACGAACUGCAACGGUUUCGGCACUCCUGCUGACGAUGUUAACGUAGCCCAAGGCAACCUCGCCAACCAAUGCGGCAACGGCUACUUCUUCAGCGGGCGCUCCAUCGCCGCUUACUACGGCACCGGCGUGGCGUUCGGCUGCAACUACGGGAAGGGCCAGACGUGCCAUUACAAUGACCUGUGGAGCGACUUCGGGAAUAUUAAUGCUAAGUGUGGGUUCACUCACGGUGCGCAGGCUGGUGCAGGCUGGUAUUCGCAUAGCUCGUGGAAGGCGAGUUAUGGACGGACUUCGAGUGCGAGCGGAUUCUGCUAAAUUGAAUGAGAGGGUGAGAAUUUGGCGAUGAACGUGACUGUUGUGGGGAAGAGGGGGAGAAGGUG